AUGGCGGCACGAGGCACUACAAAGCGAGGGUUUUUACCCGGGUAUUUCGAGGGCUUGCAGUUGAAAGACGCUAAGGAAAUGUAUUUAGAGAAGUUGAAAGAUAUUGACGGAGAAGAUCCUUACAAAAUUCCGCGAAACGAGUGGAUAUAUGAUGUAGAUUCUUGGCCGAACGUAACAUGCAUACACGUUGGAAUGUAUCUCCUGUUUAAGAAAAGUCCUUACACUGAAGAUCAACUAAUGAACUACAAGAGCUUGGAUUGCUAUCAAAAUUUUGCGAACGGAUGGGUGCGGGAAAUUUUAAGCAAGAAAUUUGGCGAGAAUCGUCUCUUAAUUGCGAAGGUUAAUCAUUCUCAGAGGAUGUCGGAAAAGCCCCUUACCCCCUGGGUGGUUUGCGAAAAGCCAGGGAAAGUGAUUUCUGUCCACUCUGACUGCAUGGCUGGCCUGAGUGAGAGCUGCUCUCAUGUUGCUUCACUGUUGUGGGCUAUUGAAGCUGGAUGCAAACGAAGGGAUUCUCCGACAGUCACAGAAAAGAAAGCCUAUUGGGUUCUUCCAUCAGCCCUGAAAUCUGUGCCUUAUUCCGGAGUAAAAGAUAUCAAAUUUUCUAAAACUUCUUCCAGUGCUGCUUCAGUCAUCAAAGAAUCAUCUGUUGGAGCCCCUUCAGAGGCUGAGCUUACUGAAUUUUUUAAUAACAUCAAUAAGUGCCCUUCUAAGCCAGCUAUUUUGUAA